ACACUCUCGUCUAUAUUCUAACAAAUCAGUCAUUUUUGUGCCAUAAUUUCAUAUCACACUCAAAGACCAUGAUUUCCGUAGCUUCCAUUGAAACCCAAAAACCAGAAAUCUCUCCCACCAUUUCUCCUCCUACACCAUCUACUGAAAAAGAUCAUGUUUUUAGAUCAAAGUUACCGGAAAUACCAAUCUCCAAUCACCUCCCUCUCCACACCUAUUGCUUCCAAAACCUCUCUGAAUUCUCUGAAAGACCAUGUUUGAUUGUUGGCUCCACUGGGAAGGUCUUCACUUUUGGGGAAACCCAUUUGAUUUCAACGAACGUUGGAGCUGGGUUGUCAAGCUUAGGGAUCAAAAAGGGCGAUGUGAUCAUGAUUCUUCUCCAAAAUUGUGCAGAAUUCGCGUUCACUUUCAUGGGUGCUUCAAUGAUUGGUGCAGUAACAACAACUGCAAACCCGUUCUACACACCCACCGAAAUCUUCAAGCAAUUGAAUGCCUGUCGUGCUAAAUUGAUCGUUACUCAGUCACAAUACGUUGACAAGCUUAAAGAGAACCCCAAAUUCGGAGAGGAUUUCAAGGUUAUCACCAUUGACGACCCACCAGAGAAUUGUCUGCCUUUCACUGUACUCUCUGAACCAGCAAAAGAAACAGAGAUCCCGAUUGUCUCAAUUGAUUCUCAAGACCCGGUAGCAUUACCAUUCUCUUCAGGGACUACGGGACUUCCAAAGGGAGUAAUCUUGACACACAAAAGCUUAAUCACAAGUGUGGCACAACAAGUCGAUGGAGAGAACCCGAAUCUGUAUUUGAGACCAGAAGAUGUGGUUCUUUGUGUGCUUCCUCUGUUUCACAUAUACUCGUUGAAUAGUGUCCUCUUGUGCUCGCUUAGAGCAGGGGCUGCGGUUUUGUUGAUGCAGAAGUUUGAGAUUGGGGCAUUCUUGGAGCUUAUACAGAGACACAAGGUGUCCGUAGCAGCGGUGGUGCCGCCGCUUGUGCUGGCGCUGGCGAAGAAUCCGAUGGUGGCCCAAUUCGACUUGAGCUCCAUUCGGGUCGUGUUGUCCGGGGCGGCUCCGCUGGGGAAGGAACUCGAACUGGCUCUCCGGGACAGGCUGCCUCAAGCCAUUUUUGGUCAGGGUUAUGGGAUGACGGAGGCGGGACCGGUCCUAUCAAUGAGCCUUGGAUUUGCAAAGCAGCCGUUUCCGACCAAGUCUGGUUCAUGUGGCACGGUGGUCCGGAAUGCCGAGCUCAAGGUCAUCGACCCCGAAACCGGUUGCUCCCUUAAUUAUAACCAGUCUGGGGAGAUUUGCAUUCGUGGAUCUCAAAUUAUGAAAGGGUAUCUGAAUGAUCCUGAGGCCACAGCAAGUACUACAGACGUCGAGGGUUGGCUUCACACCGGUGACAUUGGUUAUGUCGACGACGACGAAGAGGUUUUCAUUGUUGACAGAGUGAAGGAGAUCAUCAAAUUCAAAGGCUUCCAGGUGCCACCAGCAGAACUGGAGGCCCUCCUUGUAAGCCACCCAUCAAUUGCUGAUGCUGCUGUUGUUCCCCAAAAGGAUGAAGUCGCCGGCGAAGUUCCGGUGGCAUUCAUCGUUCAAUCAAAGGGUUUUGAACUCACUGAAGAGGCUGUGAAGGAAUUCAUAUCAAAACAGGUUGUGUUCUACAAGAGGCUGCAUAAGGUCUACUUUGUUCAUGCAAUUCCCAAAUCUCCCUCUGGAAAAAUACUUAGAAAAGAUUUAAGAGCCAAGCUAGCCACUGCUGCUCAUACUUAAUUCCCAGGCCUAGGCCUUGCUUGUUUGCAUUAGUGUUUGCACAAUUUGUAUUCUAUUGCUCCCAUCUUUCUUUGCAUGUGAAGUCAAUUGCUUCAAAACAAUUUGUUCUUGUAAUAAGAUCGUUUUAUUUCUCAAUAUUCAA